AUGGAAAGCCGACAAGAAAGCGCCUCGGAACCUGCUAGGGCGUACCCCAGAAGCGACGCGCAGGAGCCCCGCCUGACUCCUACCACCACCAUCAUCACCACCAUCCCCAUCACCACCACCAUCAUCACCACCAUCCCCUCACCACCACCAUCAUCACCACCAUCAAAACCACCAUCACCAUCAUCAGCACCAUCCCCAUCACCACCACCA